CUAUAUUUAAAACAAUGAGAAGAGAACGAAAGAAGGACACUUCGAAGGUUUUCAUUGAACUGAAUAAUUUCUUGAAUAUAAAAGCAAUUUUUUGUAACUCUUUUCCAAGAAUAGUAUGUUUGAUUAGACACAAGUGAAGCACUUCAAGAUGAUAUUCAGGUUGACUGUCUGUACUUUUCUCUGUCUUUAUCAAGCAAUCAAUGCCCAACAACAGAUUUCAGGCUUCAGCGAUCAAUACAGAAGUGAAAGUAAUUUAGGAGAUUAUGCCUUUGGUUACAACGAAGACCACUCAUCUGGCGGAUCUUUUAGAAGAGAAACUGGAGACAGGCAUGGGAAUAAAGUUGGAUCCUAUGGUCUUCGCAUAGGCGAUGGCCGAAUGAGGGUGGUCAACUACAUUGCCGACAGCGACGGCUACCGAGUCAAUGUCAUCAGCAACGAACCCGGUCUUUCUCAGCAAGAACCCAACAGAUUUAUGGAAAUUGCCAAAAAAAAUUUCCACAGUAUUUUCGUCCCGGGAUUCAUGUACUCGGCUCAAGCUCCUCACGUCACUUUCGUUCCGGAGAGUAACCAUUUUAAUGAAAAUGUUCUAAGCAAAGAUGGAUUUGAACGUGAAAGUGAAGCUUUCAUGAACCAAAACUCAGUAGAUGGUAGCGAACAGUUGGAAAAUCAACAUUUGGAUGAUGGUAGAAAUUUUGAACAGCAUGAAAAUUUUGUAAGUGAUGUUACUGAUAAAACUUUGCAAGUCGAGCCUCCAUUUCUGCCACUUGAUGACCACACAGUCAUGGAAGCAGGAAAAGAGUCAGUUAACUCAAGAAAAUAACUCACUCAUGCACAUAAUCUGCAUUACCUGUCUCGAAAUUGAAAAUAAAUUUUAAUAAAUUAUUUAUCUAACUUGA